GUGAAGACUCCCGCUGAGAUGCAGCUCAAUGCAGACGUAAAUGAAGCAGACCCAAAAAGAAAGCAGUUCACGCUUUGCUCGGAAUGUCAUCAAGUGGCAGUGGAAAAACGCAUCAAUAGGCUAGGCGUCCUCUGCUGUCUCGGUGCAUGGUGGAUGUGUGGUCUUGGAAUAUUCUUCUGCUUAAUGAUGCGGUCCAAUUUUUGUAACAACUGCUACAAGGAGAAGUUUCUCAUGAAAGCUCACGAACGGCGGCGCUUGCAGCUUUAUAUGGAUGAUCACUCGCUGUGCGAACCACCUAUCGGUACUACUGAGGCAGUUCCACACAAAAGGCUUGUUAUACAACCGAAGUAA